AUGGCGUCUACGGGCAAUAACAUGCACAACCUGACUACCCUGAUCAAGAGGGGCGCUCGAGAAUGGAGCGCCAAAUCCACAGCGCCCGGUGCUUCGACAGCGGUUGCAGCCGCCGUCCCUGAGCCUGCCGCAGCACCAACUCCACCCGCAGAGCCAUUGCCCAGAUCGAUCGAGGAGUUCGACGAGCUGAUUCAGAGUGAUGUGGCAGCCUUCGUAACGGCUAGCAGCAAGAUCGGAGGCUUGGUGGAAGAGCAGGCAAAAGCUGUACAGUCGGCCUUUGAGGCAGAACGAACAUAUCUAUUCGUCACGACAAAAGCAAAGCAACCGACUAAUCAGCCGCCCGAACUGAUGACAGAGCUACAUCGGUGGACCUCAACCGUCGACGAACUUCGAGAAGCCAAUCGCCCAUCUCCUCUGUUCAAACAUCUUUCCGCAGUUUCGGAGGGCAUCGUAGCCCUCGGAUGGAUCGUUGAGAAGCGCCCUGCUGAUUUUGUGGGCGAUACCCUUGGUGGAGCCCAGUACUAUGGCAAUCAGGUACUGAAGGAAUAUAAAGAGAAGGACAAAUCACACGUGGAGUAUAUCCAAGCAUACUACAAGAUCUUCCGGUCCCUUGUAGCUUAUGUGAAGCAAAAUUUCCAAACGGGGUUGUCGUGGAACCAGAAAGACGGCAUUGACUGCUUAGAGGCGCUCAAGCAGGUACAAUCCGGCUCAGCCACGCCCAAGGCAUCGGCGGCUGGCGGGCCUCCUCCCCCGCCGCCACCUCCUCUGCCAAAUUUCGACGACAACGGCAUUCCUGCGCCACCUCCACCACCACCAGGGGCGCCAGCGUCCUCUGGCUCGGGUGGUGACAUGGGCGCAGUAUUCGACCAGAUCAAUAGCGGCUCGUCAGUAACCUCGAGGCUGAAGAAGGUCGACAAAUCCGAGAUGACACACAAAAAUCCAUCACUCAGAGCGACGAAUGCAGUCCCAGAGCGAACAUCCUCACAAUCAUCGUCCACAUCACGCGGGAAGAGCCCGAUGCCAGCCAAGAAACCUGACUCAUUACGAACGAAAAGGCCUGGGAAGAAAGAGCUCGAAGGGAACAAAUGGAUCAUCGAAAACUUCGACAACACCGGCAACGAGAUGAUAGAGGUCAAAGCAGAGCUCAAUCACAGCAUCCUUAUCAGCCGGUGUACUAAGGCUGUGAUCAAGGUGGACGGAAAGGCCAACGCCAUCUCGAUCGACAAUUGCGCCAACCUGUCGAUCCUCAUCGAUUCUCUCGUCUCCUCACUCGAUGUCAUAAAAUCACCAAAGUUCGCGGUCCAGGUCAAUGGAGUCUUGCCCACGAUUCUGCUGGACCAGCUUGGCACGGAGAUCUUCAGCAGCAAAUGCAGCAACAUCAAUGUUGUCGUGCCACCAAGCGACGAAGAGGGCGGAGAUGAAGGCGACAGCAAAGAGUUCGCUGUCCCCGAACAGAUCCGAACAAUUGUCAAGAAGGGCGGUAAGGGACUGGAAAGCGAGAUCGUCGAGCACGCUGGCUAG